CAUCCAUCCACCAAUCAGCCUCUCUCCCUCUCUCUUCUCAGUGUGUCCAUCUCUGUCUGUCCGCGGAGGAACCGCCGGCCUGGACUGGACUGAAGUUGACGGUCUGGGACUGAACUCGACUGGGCUGGGGCUCCUUGAAGAAGGUCACGAUCGGGAUAUAAAGAUGUAGGCAGCAAUAUUGCACCUUCUUGCCGCAGACAGACAGACAGACAGAAGUGUGCAUACAAGUUUGAAAUGAGGGUUUGUGUGUCUCUCCCUCACUAUCUCUGUGUCUGUGUGAGUCUUCAGCCUGACCUUCGGGUCAGGCGCACAGUGAAGUGGACCUCUGCGUGUCCCUUGUCCUUGCCACCGUUGCUUCUCCGACCUCCACCCAGAUCGCCCGACCUCCUUGAUCUUCUCGGUAGUCACGUACUCGGCCUCUUCUCCCAGAACCUGGCAGCGCGGUCGCAAACACCUCCUGCACACACACACACACACACACACACAGAAACAUUAGGUUCUGUGUCCGUUGUGUCUUCUCUCCUUCGGUUGCUUACGAGCGAGUUGCCGGUGCCGGUGACGAUGGAGAAGAACAUGUCGCUCUCACUGCAAGAAAACAGACAUUUGCCCGCGAGGAUCCGUCUGUGCAGUUUGAUGCAUCCAUUGCAAUGCUCACUUCUUCUGCACAGCCAUGAUGAAGCAACCGACGGUCACCCCGACACACCCUAUACAUGUAUAUGCACAGAGGCGGUCGAUUUACCCAGGAUGAACACGAAGAGCUGCUUCUCGCCGAACAUGGUGAACUCAUCAAACUUGAGGAAGGCUGAAAAGACACACAAUGGGUCCAAAGGGCACAGUGACACACACAUAUUCAUGGAUGGAGUGAAGAGUGUGACUUUGCGACCUCCGACUGUGCCUGUGAGACAGUAGGCGACGUAGAAAGACGGCAUGAUGACGAUCGAUGAACCCCUCCAGAGGCCUUCGAAUAGGUACCAACACUACAGGAGAGACACAACGAUAGAUGAACGCGUCUCUCCUUCCCCUUUGCAUCUUUCCCCCCUUUCUUCUAUGCACAUGCCUGGAGUAGAGCGGUGAUCGCCGCCAGUGCGAGCGACAUGGCUAUCUUGACGCACCACGUCAACAUCGAUCCAACCUGGCCAUACGUCUGCAAGAGCAGGCACAAACCAUGUUUUCGGUGAUCUGUGCGUCUGACCAUGCACAAGGCGAUGACAUUCUUGAUCUCGAGCGGUGUCUGCGAGCCAACCAGACCGGAGAAUAGGCCGUAAACGAACACUGAGACAGACAUGACACAGCAGAAGGCCCAUCAACGUCACCCAUCACGUGAUGAUCUCACUCACUGAGCUGCCGCAGCAUUUGAGGCGUGGGUGUGGGUGCUUGAUCGUCGUUGCUCGCAGUGGGCCUGAAUCGACACAGUGAGAAAAGAGACACCAUUUCCGUGACGUCUUCUGUCUCUGUGUGCUCACCCGCAGCAUGCGCUUUCUAGCUUUCUGAUGCAUGUAGUGAACAAGUAGGCACUGACACCAAAGACCACGAACUCGUACAGCCCGUAACGCCAGUUCGCGUGAAGCAGAUCGUAGCCGACCUGGACACACAGAGAGGGACAGUGGCUGGCGCCGCCGGUCUUAUGCAAUGUGUGCCAGUGACCACCUGGUACGUAUGGCGGGACGACGGCUCGGCGGCUGCCAGCGUGGCCACCAUGAUGCAGCCGACGAUGCAACCCGUAGCGACCUGGUCCGUCCAUGAACACACCUCACCGUACAUGCACUGGACACACACAACAAGUUGAUGAGCGCAGAGAGCCAACGUCCCCUGUGCAAUGUUUUCUUACAUUGCCGAUCCACGCCGAAAAGAUCAAGUUGAGGGCAUUUGUGGGACUGAGAAUCGAAGCAGGUGUGAAGACCAGCGCUCCGAAGUGCAUGAACAUCCCAAUCAGCCAUCCGACAAGACCAAUCCACCCGCGGUGGUCGCCAGUGCAUGUCUGGUUUUGAGCAGAUGCGUGCCCAGGCAU